CUGUACCUCUUUCCAAUUUCAGGAUAAUGUGAACGUCUUGUCUCGUUUUGUCUUGCUGGCCAUGUGUUAACCUGCUUAGUUUGUGAAAUCUGAACAGGCCGUGCUUUCGUACCUCUUCUUCACACUUUCCUUCAUUCACGAACGCAAUCCUAAAAACAUUCACUUCUGGAUUCCUUUUUGCAAUUUUCCUGCAGAUUUCUUCAGGGAGGAAACUGAGAAAAGGAUGAGCUGCUUUGUUAAACCAGCAAUGGGAAGGAAACAGAAAGGCAACAAACUUCUUGCAGCAAGGCUGCGAGAUCAGCCAUUUCCAAGGCACAGUGACAAGCUCACAGGCUGAAGAAUGAAUCGAAGGAAAACCCUACAUUCAGCUUUUGGACUGGUACCAAAAUCAAGAACUACUACACCUUUAAGGUCAGCUAUUCAAAAUCAUCUCAGUGCAUCUGGAUUUGUUUAAAGCAGUUAUUAAGCUAUUAGUCUGAUCUUUAUUGAGUUAAUUUUCAGGGCAUCAAGCUAAAGCCUGAAUGUUGAAGUGUGAAAUGAUAUGCAUUUGUGUCAAAAAUACUGCAUAGAAUGUGAAUAACCCAUUGCUUUUGUGCAUAAACAGUUUACAGCUUUAAUGGCAAAGCCUCUUUUACCUCGUAGAUGAGGAUCCUGACACACUAUAUCUGUCAGUGGGAGAUGGACAUAAAUAGCUUUCAAUUUUAUGCCUGAUUUUUUGGACAGAACUGCAAUAUGUAGAUAUGCCAGAUUUGGUUUUGGAGCCAUAUCCAAACUGGUCCUUGGACGUGCAGUAAGCUGCUUUGUUUUGCUAAGUUUGUCACGAUUUCCAUUAUGUCGAGGAUUGUAUAUUAUUUCAUUUAAACUCUUUAUGGGAACAUCUCGUUCAAUGGGGAAGUGAUUACUCCGCGGACUAUGACAACAGGGUAUGUGAAUGGAGGAAGUCUUGGAAAACACCGCUAUACCAGGUGGAAUCGUGAGGACAGCGGAGAGGACUAUGGGCGCGUGGAGUGCUACGGAGGAGACGAAGAGGGCAGGCAGCACAGGCUGACCCCAUUUGAGAAACUAACCCGGGAUAUGUCCCACAAUGAAAAGGUGGUGAAGGAAUUAACCCUAGGGAAGAGGAUUGGAUUUUAUCGAGUCAGAGGAGAAAUAGGGAGUGGGAACUUCUCGCAAGUGAAGCUUGGAAUUCAUUCCUUAACCAAAGAGAAAGUAGCAAUUAAGAUUUUGGACAAGACCAAGCUAGACCAGAAGACUCAGCGCUUGCUAUCUUGUGAGAUAUCCAGCAUGGAAAAACUGCACCACCCAAAUAUCAUCAGGCUGUAUGAAGUGGUGGAGACACUCUCAAAGCUGCACCUGGUGAUGGAGUAUGCAGGAGGUGGGGAGCUCUUCACUAAAAUCAGUACAGAAGGGAAGUUGCUAGAAACAGAGUGCAAACUCAUCUUCUCCCAGAUCGUGUCUGCUGUGAAGCACAUGCAUGAGAAUAAUAUCAUCCACCGGGACUUGAAAGCAGAAAAUGUAUUCUACACCAGUAACACUUGUGUUAAAGUGGGAGACUUUGGAUUCAGCACAAUAAGUACAAGAGAUGAAACUUUAAAUACUUUCUGUGGCUCUCCUCCUUAUGCUGCCCCUGAACUCUUCCGCGAUGAAAACUAUGUUGGCAUUUAUGUAGACAUCUGGGCACUAGGAAUCCUGCUAUACUUUAUGAUGACCGGUAUUAUGCCAUUUCGAGCAGAUACAGUGGCCAAACUGAAAAAGUGCAUUCUUGAAGGGACAUACAGUUUGCCCCCCUCCCUCUCAGAAACUUGUCAGAAACUGAUAAAAGGAGUCCUUCAGCCAGUACCAACUGACCGGUACUCUGUCAAACUUAUUAUGAACAGUGAGUGGAUGCAAGGGAUACAGUACCCUAAACCUUUAGAACCAUUUAAACUGGAUCCAAAGUAUUUAUCAGAGAUCAGUACACUCAAAGAUGAAGAAGCUGAAGUGAAAAGUAUUCUGAAAGAUCUGGGAAUCACAGAAGAACACAUGCAAAACAACCGGGGAAAAGACGCGCGCAGCUCAGUAACAGGUGUCUACAGAAUUGUUUUGCACAGAGUACAAAAAAAAAGGGCACUGGAAUGUGUUCCUAUAAUGUCCAAUCCAGACCCCAAAGAACAGGACAUUAAGAAAGAAAACAGUUCUUACAGUGGGCUAAAACACACAUCCAAGCUGUGUUCAAUUUUAUAAAUUGCACUGAAGGCUUUAUACUCGGCAUGUUUAACAAAGGGUUUUAUUCAUUUUUCCACAAGUUUUGGUGUUACAUUUUUGUAAUUUUUAAAUAAACCAAAAAUGCCUUA